AAGCUCCGCAGUUCUUCUUCUUCUGGAGGAAUCGGACGGGUUGUUGUCCCACUUCGAUCUCCCGUGUGUGCAUAUGAUCCGUGCUCGGAGUUCCGUUGACCGAGUCGUUCGCAUUGUUGAAGUCCAUGUUACAAGACAACCUUCUGAUUCGCACUCGUGCAGUCAACCGCUCAUUCCGUGACACGUCAGUGGGCAGUAUCGACUGAAUAUAUCGUGACUUCAACGAAACCAAAGCUCGAUUACAUCAUGGCCUCGCUCGACAUGGAUCUUACUCAGAGUUGGCUGCCCUUGCCCGAAAAAGACUCCCGGGUCGAGGGAUGGCUCAUGCUCGGGAAUCCCACCCCGAUCGUCGUAAUCUUAGCAUUCUAUGUGUACAUCGUCAAGGUUCUGGGUCCCGGCUACAUGAAAAACGCAAAAGCGUUCGAGCUUCGCCCGAUCAUCCUCCUGUACAACGCCUUGAUGCUCGUCGCCAAUCUAUCGAUCUCGUCUUUCGUGAUCUACCACGCUUUCUGGAAAGGCCACUACGCCAUGUGGUUCACCGAGCCCGAUCUUGGAGACCACCCAACGACCCUCUUGCUGCUGAAUGUUUCUUGGUACUAUCUCGUCCUCCGUUUGACCGAGUGCAUCGAGACCGUUCUCUUCGUCUUGAGAAAACGUUUCAGACAGGUCUCCCUCCUGCACGUUUUCCAUCACGUCUCAGUGACUUUCUCCGUGUACUUCUACAUAACUUACGGAGGUUUCGCCCUCGCCUGCUUCGAGCUCACCUUCAACGCGCUGAUCCACGUCGUGAUGUACGGCUACUACUUCCUCUCAGCUUGCGGCCCCUCGAUUCAAAAGUACCUCUGGUGGAAGGAGUACCUCACCCUGAUGCAACUCGUUCAGUUCGUCAUCAUGAUCGUUCGUAACAUCAUGCUCGUAUUCUGGCUCAAAAACAGAUACUCCGCGUUGCCUGCGUUUAUGCUUCUACAAUGCUUCAUCUUCUUGCUCCAAUUCUUCCAUUUCUACAUCCAGUCAUACCGUAAGAAGCGUGAAGAGAAGUUGCAAAAGCGAGCCGCUCGAGAAGCAGCUCUCAACAACAACCAUCAAGAGAUGGACAAAAAAGAACUUUAG